UCCUAUUCAAUGUGAGCCUGUGACUCUCAAGCUGAACUUCGCGAAUUUUGUGUGUUCUUUUUCAUUCCCGCUACGUCAUAUUGUUCCAAGACUGCUUCAUUCCCUGCUUCGUUGAACGCAAGGACGGGGAGUGGAACAACAAGCUCCACGAUAUGACGCUUAAGUGAGUGAAUGUUGUCAUUGAUAAGCACAGGGACGAGCAAUCACUGGCCUUGCCAUUGUGCACAUCAUGUUUGAUCGAGCACAUGAAGGACACUUGCGCGGGACACGGGCUAAGCUUGGUAGAUCUAAGCACAAUGGUCGUAAACAUGUAGCCAGAGAGGUUGUUCACGUCCCUAGGGUUAGGGUUACCUCUUCUUCAACUCAUGCCACCCAUCCGCGAUAAAUUCACGAUCCAUUCGAAAGCGGUGGUCUGCCAAGAUGUUGAGUUGAAGGGGGAUAUCACUAUCGGACCAGGUACUGUCGUACACCCCAAAGCUACCAUCUUCGCAAUAGCCGGUCCCAUCGUAAUCGGCUCGGGUUGCAUCAUUGAGGAAGCUGCAAUAAUUGUUAAUCGUCGCAAAGAAGUAAUGAGAGUCGGUGACAACAAUUUGUUCGAGAUUGGCUGUCGCGUCGAAUGUCCAUCCAUUGGAAACUUCAACACCAUAUCUACGCGAGCGCGCGUCCACCAUACUGUGCGAAUAUCCGAUUACUGUGUCAUCGGUGCUGCAUGCCUCGUGGUUCCCACCGACGACGAGACUCUCGACGACUACACCUCUAUCUUCGGACCUGCUGCAGAAAGAAGGACGUGGAGUGGAAGAGGACGGGUGCAAGAGGCUGACUUGAGGUUGAAACAUGCAGAGUAUCUCCGCGAGAUGCUACCGAAGUUCAAUCGACUACGGAGGGGAGAUGGUGCUUGACGUCUUUGCGCUCGUUAUUUCGUGCCUCAGCCUCGGACUUCACUGGCUGACGGAGGAUCUUCGGCUAUUAUUCGCGGGGUUUUAUUGUACGGGCAUCAGAAGGGAUAGACGAAUGAGACCGGUACGUGAAUCCGCAGGGUAGCUCAAGGGUGAGCACACAUCAUCGCUUGUCAGUUCUAAGGUAAUGACUUCCGCUGGAUUUCUGGAAGACGUUUACAACUUUACUGGCAUGUAUACGUAAAGAUGGGAUCCCACUGUCGUUUUCCAUGACCCGAUGUCCUACGUGUGAAAUGGUCUUCUGCUGCACCGUAUGAUCUAGGGUUUUAUUGAGACGUGCCUUAGUAAUUGCACCCAACCGGAGUUAUUUGCCGAUCGUGUCAAAAAAACACGCCUUUGCC